AUGGCUCACGAAGAAGAAGAAGUGCCAAAAUGGGUCCCCCAAUACUCAUUGGACUCAAACCGCUACGUGAUUCUUGAUCAAGCUGGUGUUGGUGCUAGCUCUUUUGUUUACAGGGCCGUCUACCUGCCCAAUCCGCUCUUGUACUCCACGCUGGUGGCAAUCAAAGUCAUCGAUCGUUUUGAAUCAUGCCGGUGGCAAUCAAUGCCACCACCUUUGUCCCACCCAAAUAUCCUCAACGCUCACUGUUCCUUCACAGUUGAUGAUCGCCUUUGGGUGGUGAUGCCAUUCAUGUCCGCGGGUUGUUUACAAUCCAUAAUGUCUUAUUCCUUCCCAGGCGGCCUACCCGAGCCCUGCAUUGCCAUAAUUCUCAAAGAAACUCUAACCGCCUUGUCCUAUCUUCACACCCAACAACAACUUCACCAAGACAUCAAUGCCGGUAACAUCCUCAUCGACUCAAAUGGGUCGGUGAAGCUUGCACACUUUGGAGUGUUGCCAUCAAUCUUCGAGUCUUGGAGUUCAACUCAUCAAGCGGACGCUCCGAAUUGCAUACACUCGGAACCGGGGUAUGGUAUAAAGGCUGAUAUAUGGUCCAUUGGAAUCACUGCAUUAGAAUUGGCCCAUGGACGCCCUCCUCUGUCUCACCCCCUUCCUUUAAAGCUCAAGAAUCUCUCCAGGCCUUUCAGAGACAUGGUGGUUUCGUGUCUCCAGCAAGACCCAUCAAAGAGGCCCUCGGCAGAGACAUUGUUGAAGCAUCCCUUCUUCAAGAAUUGCAAGGGUUCGGAUUUUCUUGUAGAGAAUGUCUUGCAGGGGCUGCCUAGUGUUGAAAAAAGGUUCAAGGAAAGCAAGAUUAAUUUACUUGAGCGGUUGAUGACAAAUAACAAUGGCGAUGAUGAGAAGGAGGAGGAGGGUGACUCAGCGAGGCAGAGUAUAAAACAGAUUAGGGUCAACGAGGACGGGUUUGUACUUGACCCAGUGUGCCCAACCGAGUCCACCGACGAUUCAGCUGUAAUAAUUGAAGACGAGGGAGGUGAGUCUGGCGGGUUGAUUCCGAGUUCACCUGGUCAGGGUUUGGAAGAGGCGGCCCAAGUGGGUUGUUAUAGUGGUGGGGAAGCGGUGCCGGUGGGUCUAGUGGCGAUGAAGAGGAGCUUGGAGGAGAUGGCUCAGCUUAUUGAGUGGCAGAGGGCUGAGUUGAAGAAUGUGAAAGAGAGGAAGUUGAAGUUGGAGGUGGAGUUGAGUCUUCUUAAGCUUCAAAUUUCUGAUGAGCCGAGUCUUCUCGAGCUUCAAAUUUCUGAUUCACAUGAGUCACAUGACACUGGUGCUGGUGCUGCUGAUUGA